AUGCCAUCUAACAACGGCUACCAGCCGCUAACAUCCAAUGGCCAGUACUAUCCUCCACCCUCAUCAUCUGCAAACAGUUCCCUAAGGCCCAUAUCAUUAGACGAAGCGUGCGCCGAUGGAUCGCCUCCGCCACCUCUUCAGCUUCACGAUAAAGUUGUCUGGAUAAGCGACACCGGACCAGAAUAUGGCGUCGUCAAGUGGCUAGGCAAACUGCCUGACGUAGGAUCUGAAUGGAUGGCUGGCGUUUCCUUUGUCAAUCCAGUCGGAUCGGGCACUGGCCUCUACAACGAGUACAAACUCUUUGAGACUGAAAUGAAUCACGCCUCCUUGGUGCCGAUUGUGGGCUUGAUGAAAGCCACCGACUACCUUGGCUCUACAGCUCGAAUUGACGAAUCAUUUCCACCUCAAAAACCAAUCAGGAGAUCUAAACAAAAAAGCCUCGACACCUACAAGUUUUAUACAGACAACAAAGAAUCACCAUCGUCAAGCUCUCCACCAAAGCUUUCCACUAGUGCGCCCAGUAAGCCAGCCAGCCCAGACAGCAGUCGACGCAGUUCUAGUCUCUUUGGCUCGAUAGACUGUCCAUCAGUUCUCGGUGAUGUCGCCCCCCUGGGCACGCAGGAAGACUUGACCCAGUUGUGCGGCAAGAAUCGCGGCAUUCAGGGGCACCACAAUUCGUGUUACCUGGACGCAACACUCUUUGCCAUGUUCUCCUCAACCACCGUCUUUGAAUCUCUUCUCUACAGACCCAAGAGGGCCGAUGAUAUUCCCGAGUACAAUGAAGUGCAGCGCAUUUUGAAGGAAGAAAUUGUAAAUCCUCUUCGAGCAAACUACUACGUUCGGGCUGAUCGAGUGAUGCAUCUUCGGCAACUGCUUGAGCGAAUUAGCUCUAUGCGUGGACUGACAAGCGAAGAGAAGGAUCCCGAAGAAUUCUUAAACCUUCUACUGAAUCAAAUACUAAAGACUGAUCCAUAUCUCAAACUGAGCUCCGGACUGACUUCGUCUCUCUACCAGUUGUUCGUUGAAAAGGACGAAACACUGCAAUUACCCAAUGUGCAACAACUCUUUGAUCAAUCGUUCCUAGCCUCAGAUAUUAAGCUGCGAGAAAUUCCUCCAUGCCUAAUAAUUCAGAUGCCUCGUUUUGGUGCCCAGUUCAAGAUGUACCCUCGAAUCAUGCCUAGUCUGUACCUGGACAUCACCAAUGUGCUGGAAAACUCGCCCAGGCAGUGCAUUGUAUGCGGCGAACUGGCCGAGUUUGAAUGUAAAGAGUGUUUUGGAAAGUUUGGCGAAGGUCUCGAAUCGAUCGCUUUCUGUGCCGUCUGUUCCGAGAAAAGUCAUGGUCACAAGAAGAGGUCAAAGCAUAAGAUUACAAAGCUGGCCGUUCCCGCCGAGUUUGCCAUGCUCAAGAAUCACACCAAUAUUCCGCGAGUCACAAUGGAGCUCUUUGCGGUGCUUUGCAUCGAGACCAGUCAUUAUGUAUCCUUUGUCAAGUGUGGCUCUGGUCCUGAUAGUCCUUGGUGUUUCUUUGAUAGCAUGGCCGAUCGGAAAGGUGAACAAAACGGAUACAAUAUUCCCGAAGUGGUGGCUUUUCCUGACCUAAAGUGGUGGCUGAGUGAAGAUGGUUACAACUUUCUACUUAAUAAUAAAGACGAUAAAAUGAUUCCGGAGCUGCCUCGACGACUUCUCUCCGACGCCUACAUAUGCUUCUACUCGUCUGAAGUGCUUCGCUAUCGGUAA